AGCAAUCAGUGUGGAACUUAAAUUUAGUACUUGUUUCACGCUUGGAUCAUCUUGUUGUACCGCGUAGUAGCAUAGUUAAGUAGUUUGUUUUAUUUCUUUCAGUAAAUUGGAUUAUUUCGUUAAGUAUUAAAAAUAUGUUGGUAAAUCAACUGCGUAACGGUUUGGCAAAUAGCACACUUUAUAGUCGGCAUUCAAUAAAAUUCAUUGCUUGUUACUCCACAAGUGUCAAAUCUAAAGGAAAAAUUUUCGAGAGUGCAGCUGCAGCAGUUUCUGAUAUCCCAAAUGGAUCUAAAAUCUUGUUCGGUGGAUUUGGUGUCUGCGGCAUACCUGAGAAAUUGAUCGAUGCCCUUCGGGAAAAGGGUGUUAAGAAUAUAACUGCAGUUUCAAAUAACGGAGGUGUUGAAGAUUGGGGUAUUGGCUUGCUGAUCGAACAAAAGCAAAUCAGCAAGAUGAUUGCUUCUUAUGUCGGUGAAAAUAAAGAACUAGUCCGGCAAUAUUUGUCAGGUGAAUUAGCCAUAGAAUUGACACCACAGGGUACUAUUGCCGAGAAAAUUAGAGCUGGUGGCGCUGGAAUUCCGGCAUUUUUCACACCUACCGGAUAUGGUACCCUUGUACAAAAAGGAGGGGCGCCAAUUAAGUAUACAAAGGAUGGCAAAAUCGCAGUUGCUAGUAAACCCAAACCGGUGCAAACAUUUAAUGGGAGAGACUAUAUUAUGGAGGAGUCUAUUUUUGCCGAUUAUGCUGUUAUAAAGGCUUAUAAAGCCGACCCAUAUGGCAAUUUAGUUUUCAACAAAUCAGCACGUAACUUCAAUGCGCCUAUGAGUCGCGCCGCUAAGACAACCAUUGUUGAGGUAGAAGAUAUUGUACCCGUUGGCGCGUUAACUCCGAAUGAGAUUCAUAUUCCAGGCAUUUAUGUGGAUCGAAUCGUUAGGGGCUCCAACUAUCGCAAGCGAGUAGAGCGCCUUCGCCUGCGUGAAAACACUGAUAAUGAGUCAAAGUCUAGCCCAGGACAAGAGUUGCGUGAACGAAUCGCAAAACGUGUAGCCUUAGAAUUCCGGGAUGGCAUGUACGCCAAUUUGGGCAUCGGAAUGCCAGUUUUAUCUUCUAAUUACAUACCUAAAGGAAUGAAAGUUAUGUUGCAGUCCGAAAAUGGAAUAUUAGGUCUGGGACCAUUCCCAACGAAGGAACAGGUUGAUCCAGAUCUGAUUAAUGCCGGAAAAGAGAGCGUAACUGUUGUACCAGGAGCAUCAUAUUUUGGUUCAGAUGACAGUUUUGCUAUGAUUCGUGGUGGUCAUGUCGAUUUGACGAUACUUGGAGCAAUGGAAGUGUCCGCGACUGGCGAUUUGGCCAAUUGGAUGAUACCGGGUAAACUUGUGAAAGGCAUGGGUGGCGCUAUGGAUUUGGUGGCGGCUCCUGGCACCAAAGUCGUUAUCACAAUGGAACAUAACGCACGGGAUGGUUCACCUAAAAUUUUAGACAAAUGUACGUUGCCACUAACUGGACAAUGCGUUGUUGAUUUGAUUAUUUCGGAAAAGGCUGUUUUUUCCGUGGAGAAAGGCGUUGGCUUGACACUAAUUGAAAUUGCUGAUGGUUUCUCGGUAGAAGAUCUGAGAUCCUGCACAGGCGCGGAAUUUGAAGUUUCCCCGAGUCUCAAGAAAAUGGCUCAAAUUGAUGAAAACUAGAGACUUUUGUAUGCAAUAUUUGUAAUUACAUACACAAAUAUGUUGUAAGAUGCUAAAAUUUGCCUUUGUCAAAGUAACUAAAUAUAAUUGUGUGAUACGUCUGCAUUUAUUUAACUAGGUCAAUUAAAGUAGCUAUUUUUUCACAAUUUUUA